AUGAUAAGAAAAUUAGCUGUUUUUUGUUGGGUUUUUAUCUUCUGCUUCUGGGCUUCUGCAAAUGCUUUGCUUUCUCCAAAUGGUGUCAACUUUGAAGUGCAAGCUUUGAUGGAAAUCAAGAGUUCAUUAAUUGAUCCUCAUGGAGUUCUCAAUUGGGAUGCAAAUGCUGUUGAUCCAUGUAGUAAUUGGGCAAUGGUUACUUGUUCAAAAGACAAUCUAGUCAUUACCCUAGCAGCUCCAAGCCAGAGUUUAUCUGGAAAAAUAUCGCCUAGCAUCGGGAAUUUGACCCAUCUUCAGAGCAUAUUGUUACAGGAUAAUAAUAUUACAGGACCAAUACCUGUUGAGCUAGGGAGGCUCCCAAAACUUCAGACUAUUGAUCUUUCUGAUAACUUGCUUACUGGCCCAAUUCCCUCUUCUUUAUCUCAAAUAAAAAGCCUCCAGUACUUGAGAUUGAACAAUAACAGUCUCACUGGAAUUAUUCCUUCUUUAGGCAACUUGACUCAACUCACAUUUGUAGAUUUGUCCUUCAAUAAUUUGAGUGGUCCAGUACCAAGAAUCGUCUCCAAAACAUUCAAUGUUUUGGGGAAUCCUAUGAUUUGUGCAACUGGGAAAGAGCAAGACUGCAAUGGAUCUGCACCAUUGCCACUGCCAUUCUCUAUGAACAAUUCACAAAAUCCUCAGCCAUCUAGAACGUCCAAUAGUCGUAAAAUCGCCUUAGCCUUAGGAUCCAGUCUCGGCUGCAUUUGCCUAUUGAUUCUUGGGUUCAGUUUCCUUCUCUGGUGGAGACAUAAGCACAACCAGCAAAUAUUCUUCGAUGGUAAUGAACAACAUCACGAAGAAGUGUGUCUAGGAAACUUGAGAAGGUUCCAAUUUAGAGAACUUCAGAGUGCCACAAACAACUUCAGCAGCAAGAACAUACUAGGAAAGGGCGGUUUCGGAAUUGUCUACAAAGGUUGUCUCCAAGAUGGAACAGUUGUAGCUGUAAAAAGGCUUAAAGAUGGGAAUGCCAUCGGCGGAGAAAUUCAAUUUCAGACCGAAGUUGAAAUGAUCAGCCUAGCCGUACAUAGAAACCUCCUGCGACUGUACGGGUUUUGCAUGACAUCUACUGAAAGGCUACUUGUGUAUCCCUUCAUGUCCAACGGAAGUGUUGCUUCACGACUCAAAGCCAAACCGUCCUUGGAUUGGGGCACUAGGAAAAGGAUUGCCUUAGGAGCCGCACGUGGUUUGUUAUACCUUCACGAGCAAUGUGAUCCCAAGAUCAUUCACAGGGAUGUAAAGGCUGCAAACAUAUUGCUCGAUGAUUUCUGUGAGGCUGUCGUAGGAGAUUUUGGAUUGGCAAAGCUUUUGGAUCAUCACGAUUCACAUAUCACAACGGCCGUUAGGGGCACUGUCGGACACAUAGCACCUGAGUAUCUCUCUACAGGUCAAUCCUCGGAAAAAACAGAUGUUUUUGGGUUUGGAAUUCUUCUACUAGAAUUGAUCACCGGUCAAAAAGCUUUAGAAUUUGGGAAAGCAGCAAAUCAGAAAGGAGUUAUGCUUGAUUGGGUGAGGAAAAUUCAUCAAGAAAAGAAGCUAGACAUGCUCGUGGACAAGGACUUGAGAAACAACUAUGAUAGACUCGAGCUUGAGGAAACAGUACAGGUUGCUUUGUUGUGCACACAGUACCUUCCUAGCUACAGACCGAAAAUGUCUGAAGUGGUUCGUAUGCUUGAAGGAGAUGGACUCGCAGAAAAGUGGGAAGCUUCUCAUAGAGCAGAUGGUACAAGAUGGAGAGCCAAUGAAUUAUCCUCCUCAGAGAGAUAUUCUGAUCUAACAGAUGACUCUUCAUUGCUUGUCCAAGCAAUGGAACUCUCAGGACCGAGGUAA